GCUUCAAUUGAUUGCAUUAGGCAUUGUGUACCCCAAGGCCAUGCACUUCAUUGGCAUGGAGAGUCAGCAAGUUUGAAGAAUAGAGGGAAUUUUUUUGAACUUCAUGGCCAUGCUCGUGGUAGAGUGAAUGUGCAAAGUUUUGUGAUGGAAAAUGCUCCUAAAAAUCUUCAAGUGACUUCUACGGAUAUACAAAAGGAUAUUGUUAAUGCAAUUGCCACUGAAAUAUCUGAAGAAAUCAUUUGUGACUUUGGAGAAGAUCUUUUUACCGUUUUGGUUGAUGAAGCUUGGGAUACUUCAAUCAAAGAGCAGAUGUCUAUUCUGUUGUGUUAUGUAAACCAAGAAGGAUAUGUGAAGGAGAGAUUUCUUGGGAGUGCUCAUGUUGCAGAUACUAAAUCCAUGAUACUAAAGAUGGAGAUUGAAUUGAUGCUUGUGAGAAAUUGA